UUUAUACAAACAGAAUUUAAUUUAUAAAAAAAAAAAUAGAAGGCAUUUAGAAGCCCUAAUUUAGAAAGAAGAUGAAAAUGUUUUCAACCUCAUAAAUCGUGGAUCCAAUAAUAUCACCACCGAACGAUCAACGAUGCCUGUGCAGCAGAUCUUGAUAUCGGAGGUGGAACCACCAAGUCCCAUGAGAUACUUGAUCGGAUCAGCAAUCAUGAUGAUCGGCGUCGUUUUGCCUCUUGGUUAUAUGAUGUUUCGCAACAAAAGAGUCCCGUCGUCUUCAUCUUUCGCUAAACAGACGUAGGAGCAAGGUUAUGAUAUAGAGUUGCAAAGGCAUGGAAUACACACAAAGAAUAGAGAGACUUUGAGGAGCUAAUGGAAUGAAUGUAACUGCUUUAAGCUCAAAUUCUGAUUUGUUCAAUUCUAGAAACAGCAUACUUGCGACUGUUGUUAGCAUCAAUGUGUAGUACACUUUUUUUUUAUAAGAACAUCAAAAUCCAGUUUGUACC